CCCGACCCCCAGGAUCCGCCGGCUCGGGUACAACCGCCCGCCUUGGCUAUAUAGAUCUGCGAUAUCUUCACCCCACACCUCUCUAGCCGCACCCCGCCGCCUCCCCGACUACCUCGCUCCCGCUUAGCGCCUCCGCCUCCGCCUCCGCCGUCGAAGAUGCCGUUCAAGAGGUUUGUCGAGAUCGGGCGGGUGGCCCUGGUGAACUACGGCAAGGACUACGGCCGCCUCGUCGUCAUCGUCGACGUCGUCGACCAGAACAGGGCACUCAUCGACGCACCUGAUAUGGUCCGUUGCCAGAUCAACUUCAAGCGCCUUUCUCUGACAGAUAUCAAGAUCGAUAUCAAGCGUGUGCCCAAGAAGGCAACUUUGAUUAAGGCAAUGGAGGAAGCUGAUGUUAAGAACAAAUGGGAAAAUAGCUCAUGGGGCAAGAAGCUAAUUGUCCAGAAGAGGAGAGCAUCCCUCAAUGACUUCGACAGGUUUAAGGUCAUGUUGGCCAAGAUCAAGAGAGGAGGAGCUAUCAGGCAAGAGCUUGCUAAGCUUAAAAAGGAGGUUGCUGCUUAGAUGACUUUGUUGGCUGGCCUGUUGAGAUUUUGAUCAGCAAUGUUUCGAUGUCCCAGAAUCCUUUAGUAUUGUUAUCUGGAUCUUAUAAAAACUUUGUUACAUUGCAGUGUUUAGUGAUUUUGCCAGAAUUCUUAAGAAUCUGCGAUGCAGUGUGCUGAAAUCUCGUAUCUAUAUUUCUUGUCUUGCAAAAUUAUGUAUUUCUGUU